AUGUCCCCCGGGGGCAAGUUCGACUUUGACGACGGGGGCUGCUACGUGGGGGGCUGGGAGGCGGGGCGGGCACAUGGCUACGGCGUGUGCACCGGGCCCGGCGCCCAGGGCGAGUACAGCGGCUGCUGGGCACACGGCUUCGAGUCACUGGGCGUCUUCACGGGGCCCGGCGGACACAGCUACCAGGGCCACUGGCAGCAGGGCAAGCGCGAAGGGCUGGGCGUGGAGCGCAAGAGCCGCUGGACGUACCGCGGCGAGUGGCUGGGCGGGCUGAAGGGGCGCAGCGGCGUGUGGGAGAGCGUGUCCGGCCUGCGCUACGCCGGGCUCUGGAAGGACGGCUUCCAGGACGGCUACGGCACCGAGACCUACUCCGACGGAGGCACCUACCAGGGCCAGUGGCAGGCCGGGAAGCGCCACGGCUACGGGGUGCGCCAGAGCGUGCCCUACCAUCAGGCGGCGCUUGGGGACGCUGACCGCGCGUCCUCCCGCAAGCGCACCCCUGCGGCCGGCGGCUUCUUCCGCCGCUCGUUGCUGCUUAGCGGGCUCCGAGCGGGCGCGCGCCGCAGCUCCCUGGGCAGCAAACGAGGCUCCCUCCGUAGCGAGGUGAGCAGCGAGGUGGGCAGUACAGGGCCUCUGGGCUCCGAGGCCAGCGGGCCCCUGGCCCCAGCGCCGCCAGCCCUCAUCGAGGGCUCUGCCACGGAGGUGUAUGCGGGCGAAUGGCGCGCCGACCGGCGCAGCGGCUACGGCGUGAGCCAGCGCUCCAACGGGCUUCGCUACGAGGGCGAGUGGCUGGGCAACCGGCGGCACGGCUACGGGCGCACCACCCGCCCCGACGGCUCCCGUGAAGAGGGCAAGUACAAGCGCAACAGGCUGGUGCACGGGGGGCGCGUGCGCAGCCUCCUGCCUCUGGCCCUUCGGCGGGGAAAAGUCAAGGAGAAGGUGGACAGGGCUGUCGAGGGCGCCCGUCGAGCAGUGAGUGCUGCCCGCCAGCGCCAGGAGAUUGCUGCUGCCAGGGCAGCAGACGCCCUCCUAAAGGCAGUAGCAGCCAGCAGCGUUGCUGAGAAGGCUGUGGAGGCUGCUCGAAUGGCCAAACUGAUAGCCCAGGACCUGCAACCCAUGUUAGAGGCCCCAGGCCGCAGACCCAGGCAGGACUCAGAAGGUUCCGACACAGAGCCCUUGGAUGAGGACAGCCCUGGGGUGUACGAGAAUGGACUGACCCCCUCAGAGGGCUCCCCUGAACUGCCCAGCAGUCCUGCCUCCUCCCACCAACCCUGGCGACCCUCAGCCUGCCGGAACCCACUGCCUCCUGGAGGGGACCGGGGUCCUUUCUCCAGCCCCAAAGCUUGGCCUGAGGAGUGGGGGAGCCCAGGUGAGCAGGCAGAGGAACUAGCUGGCUAUGAGGCUGAGGAUGAGGCUGGGAUCCAGGGCCCAGGAUCCCCACUCCUUGGAGGCUGCAGUGACAGUUCUGGAAGUCUUCGAGAGGAGGAGGGGGAAGAUGAAGAGCCCUUGCCCACCAUGAGGACCCAAGGGGCCUUGGAGCCUGAGCCUAUGGCCACACCAGUCCUGAGGGGCCUGUCCUCAAGGGGUCCUGAAGCUGGGUGCCUGAUGGAAGAGCUUGAGGAGCCAGCUGCACCUGAGAGGCCCGCCCAGCCGGGAGCUGCCAACCCCCUGGUGGUGGGAGCCGUGGCCCUCCUGGACCUCAGCCUGGCGUUCCUGUUCUCCCAGCUCCUCACCUAAGGCUCCUGCCUGGCCUAAUUCUGGCUUCAGUUGCUGCCUCUUCACUCCUUUGACUUGCCUUUUUUCUCUUUUCCUCCUUCUGCUUGUUUUUUCUCCAAUCUUCUCCUUUUCCUUUCUUUUCUGUCUCCCUUUGUUUUUAUCUCUUGCUUUUCUUUCCUGUUCUCCUUUCAGAUUCUCUCAUUUAUUCUGGAUCUGUUUCUGUCUUCCUCACUCCCUUUCCCACCCCAACUCUUUCUUUCUCUAGAUUGUUUACAUAUGAAGGGCUUUUCUUGCUCAGAGUUGCUCUCUUCUCUGAGACACACAAAUCUAAGUCAGACCAUUGCCCCAUACCCUCCCCACCUUUUCUUUAGACCUGAACUUGGAUGAUGGUGGGGUUUGGUGUCCUGAGGAGUCUCCUGGAACCUGAGUGGAAAGGAGGAAGAAAAUGGAGGAGUGACUAUACUGGGCAAGGCACUGGUUGAGCUCUGUGGCUCCCUAACCCAGGGCCCUGGUGGCCCUGAGGCCUAGUGAAAAACCUGGAGGAGGUACAGUCAUCACCUCUGACUUUGGAGGAUCCUAUCUCCCCUCUAAGCACUGAGAUAGGUUCUUGCCCAAUCCCAUCCUCCCCUGAAAGAGAUAUGAAGGGAAAUGAAAAGUAGGAUGACUUCCUAGCAUCUCCCACUUUCUUUCCUCUACAACCAGCCCCUCAUCUAACCCCCUAGGGUGGCAUGCCAUGUCAACAGCAAUGUGUAAAGGAAAGAAAGAGCCCAUUGCAGGCAAGUCCAUCCACUGACCUCUCCCACCCUUCUCUCUCCCCUAAAAGUUUAUCUGAUUGGUCUGGACUCACUCGUGGCCUUUGAUUAAAUUUCUAAGGGGCCUGAAGAAUACAUUCCUUCAGCAGAGGGUUAGAGGCACUUGAGCAAGUACCCCAGUCCGCAACUCUGGCAGUUGUGUUUGGGGAGGCAGUUUUGAGGAAUGGAACCAGACCAGGUGACAGGAGCUCACAGGGCAGCAAAAGUUGUGACAAGCUUAAUCUCUAAGUGGGUUAUAUCUCUUCCCUAAUCAUAUCAGAAUCUUGUGAAAUGGGUAAACAGGAGGGGAUCACAGGAAGCCAAUCUAUCAUACACUUGCCAGGCAGGGCAGAGGUGGGUGGAGAGCCCUGUUUGAGGUUGUGGCUGAUCCCUAGUACUAACUUUUUCCCCUGGGGGCAGGAAGCCCUAGGAAGAGGGUACUGUAAGGUCCCCAGGGGAUCUUUCCUCCCUCCCCUGCAUGAGGCAGAGGCAAGCUGCCUGCCAAACCCCUCCCUCAAGGAAUGGCCUUGCCUGGGAAUGCCCACCACACACAUCCUCUUCUUUUUUUCUAGUCAAACUCUGUUUACUCCUUGGCCUGCCUCCUUCCUUCCUCCCUCUCAAUCUUUACUUCUGAUUUCUAUUUCAUGGAAUUUGGGAUUGAAGUUCAACUACAACAGUGCCGCCAACACCAAGUCUUGCAGGAAAAAAAUACAAAGAAAUUUAACAAAAAAAAAAUAUAUUAAUAAAAAAGUUC